AUGUCUGUUGAGGAAAAAGUAUUUAGAAUAGUUUCGGAGCAGCUUGAGGUGAAGCAGGAAGAAGUUACCAGUGAGAAGAGUUUUGAGAAUGACCUGGGAGCCGAUUCCCUGGUUCUUGUGGAGCUGAUUUUGGCCGUGGAAAAUGAAUUCGAUCUACAAAUUGCCGAUGAAGAAGCACAAAAAUUACAAACAGUUGGGGCUGUUAUCGACUAUGUGAAAGCUCAUAUCAACGUUGAGUAG